AUGUCGAAUCUAAGGCUGUUGCAGUUCUCAAUUAUUCCCACGGUGUGGGCAGUGGCACUAUGCAUUCGGGCACUCAGCUCCCCUCUUCGUCCAAUUCCAGGCCCAUGGCACACGCACUUCGUUAAUUGGCCGCUAAAGUGGUACACCAUCUGUGGAAAACGUAUCUACUUUAUCGAUGCACUCCACCAGAAGUACGGCAAAAUCGUUCGAAUUGCGCCUGGCGAAGUUUCGGUUGCAACGCCGGGCGCGUACAAGCAGAUCUAUAGCGUCACAUCAAAGUUUACGAAACAUGAGUGGUACCAGUGGUUCUCCGGUCAUGACGUUCCCGCCAUGUUCACAAUGACAAACAUCAAGGAGCACGCUGCUAGACGGAAGGUUUUCGCACGAGCUUUUAGGAAGUCUCAGUUGAGGGCUAAUUGGGAGCCUCAAAUACAGAAAAUCGCGAAUCUAGCUGUCUUGAGAAUUGCCGAAGCACUCGAUGAGUCUGGAAGAACGGAUAUAUUCGAAUGGUUCAGAUUCAUGGCAAGUGAUUCUAGUGGUAUGCUUAUGUUUGGUGAUAACUUCCAUAGCCUGGAAACUGGAGAGACUCACCACAUCAUUAAAACCAUCUCAGUAUAUCUAAUAGGAGCUGGAGUCGGAGCAGAGCUUUCGUGGAUCCCAUUCCUUGCGAAGAUAAUUCCAAGCUCACGUCUGCACGACUUAUUCAAUGGCUGGAAUUCGGUGUUACAAUAUGCCAAUCUUGCAGUCGAGAACUCUCGUGGCCAGCGAUACGGCACUGGCAAGACAAUCUUUGGUGACAUUAUUGAACAAGCCGAAAAAUCGGAUAAACUUAGCGAUGAUGAGAUCCGCAACGAAGCAGGCAACUUUACUGUUGCAGGUACUGAUACAACAGCCACGACUAUUACCUACUCAAUCUAUGCUGCUCUGCUUCAUCCUGAUAUUCAGAAGCAAUUAGAAGCCGAAGUAGAUACAUUGCCAGAUGGAUACAAUGAUGAUGACGUAGAGAAGCUGCCCCUACUCAACGCUACGAUCAAGGAGGCUGGCAGACUUUACGGCGCAGUCCAAGGCUGGUAUCCCCGAGUCGUACCCGAAGGUGGUGCAAUGAUAGAGGGGUUUUUAUUACCCCAAGGAACGACUGUUGGUGCUCAAGGAUACACAUUGUACCGCGAUCCAGACAUCUUUCCGAAUCCAAAUGAAUUUGUGCCCUCGCGCUGGUUUCCAGAGAGCAGCAUGUCAGCGGAAGCGAAGAUAGUCUACAAUCCCUUUGGUCCAGGCUCCAGAGUGUGUCUCGGCAAGCAUCUAGCUGAGAUGGAGACUCGGCUUGCAGUGGCGGCAUUCUUUAGAAAAUGCAAAGGCGCUGCAUUGGCGCCUGAGACUACCCCGGAGUCCAUGGAGUUCUUGAACUUCUUCGCGACGUUUCCAAAAGGUGAUAAGUGCAUUAUUCAGACCUAG